AUGGGAGAAAUCUCUUUCUCUUUAACAAUUCUUGAGCGGAAUACUGUACUUGGCAAAAUUUCAGGUUUGGCAGAUUGCAAUUUGCUGUGUUACAAGGACCCCGUCCUAAAAAACCACCCUUGGACUGCUUAUAUUGAUCGUUCUCCGGGUGCUGCCGGUUAUUCAGUGGAAUGUUUCCAUGCUUGUGUGUCUGGUUGCGGUUAUAAGUUUAACGUGGAGAAAGAGACAGUUGACCAAGUUACUCCUGCCGGCCGUCCAAAGCCUCCCCCAGUUCAGAAGCCGAAGCCACCACCCGUAGAACCGCUUGACCUACCUGAGGACUUCAGAGGCAUUAUUCAUCGUGAACAAUUUGUAGCAUGUGAGUGA